AUGGAUUUUAGUAAUGAGCUUAUAAACUUCAUCAAGGAGUUGGCUCCAAGAAUGAGCAGCCAAGAUAUUAACAAUGAAUUGAAGAAGGCUCAUGGCAGAAUUGAUUAUGAUCAAAAUUUAAUGCAUCAUCAAUGCAAUAAAGGCUAAUUACUUAGCUUCAUUGAAACAGAUUCUCUACAAGCGAUUGAAGAGAAUCAAUAAAAGAGCAAGGAUAUUUAAGCCUAUUUGGGGCAGAUAGUUAAAAGGUGGUCUCAAUAAUGUGCAAAAGAAAAAAGGAUCAAUGAGGAUCAUUUAAAAUAUUGUUCAGCUGUAUUGUUGCCUUAUGGAUCAGUGUUACUGGGUGUGGCAGACAGCAAAUCCGAUAUAGAUUUAAUAUGCAUAGCUCCAGAAUUUAUAGAUAGAAGGGAACAAUUUUUUAAUGGUUUAUUUUAUUUGUUAUCCAAUGAGUAAGGAAUGGAAUAGAUAAAUAAAAUAGAGAGCACUUCAAAUCCUAUUAUAAAGAUGAUUUACAAAGGAUUUCAUAUAGAUAUUAAUUUUGCUCAAUUAAAUUCAGAUAGAGUUCCUGAAAAUAUUGAUGAUAAUUUAGAUGAACUAAGAAGAAACCUAUUGUAAAGUGAAGAUAAAUCAAUGUAUGCUUUGAAUGGUCGAAAGAAUGGUAUUUUGAUUAGUAAAUCAAUGCCUGAUCAUUCUCAAUUUGUUCAGGCGUUGAGAAUAAUAAAGUAAUGGGCAAAGAAGAGAAAGGUGUCAAGCAAUAUAAUUGGUUAUUUGGGAGGUAUUAGUUGGGCAAUUUUAAUGGCAAAGAUUUGUUAAUUGUUUCCUCGAGUGGAUUUGUGUUAAACUGUGAGUCUAUUUUUCCAAAUUUAUUCUCAAUGGAAUUGGAAAGUACCUGUUGUGAUUGAUGAAUCUGAGUAAGAGAUUAUAUGUUAUUAUUUAUAAGAUGAAGAUAAAAGGAAUGAUAAGAUAAUGCAAAUCAUAACUCCGGCAUAUCCAUUCUUUAAUACCACAUUCAAAGUCCAUAAGAUCACUUUUCAAACCAUCUUCCAAGAAUUCUAGAUCGGAGCUUAGAAAUUAGGAGAUUGGAAUGAAGUAUUGAGACCAUUUGAUUUUUUUGAUUGUUUUUAAUACUUUGUUGCACUAUCUAUAGUUUCUAAGACCUCUGAGAACUUUCAUAAGUGGACUGGGUUUUGUGAAGCCCAAUUGCCUAAACUUUUAAAGUUGGUUGGGAACAACGAGGAGGUUUACGAUACUAAAAGUUUUGAGUUGAGAAUAACACCUGAGGGGGAGGAGAAUCUUGAAAGAGACCAUGCUAAAUCUCUCACUUAUUUCUUGGGAAUUAAGAAGUUGAAGCAAGAAGCAUGGCCGCUCUUCCUAAGACUUCCUAUCACUUAGUUUGCAAUAGAAUUAAAUUAGAGAAAACUAUAGAGUUUUAAAAAUGAAGACGAAUUCAAUAUGAAAAUAUAUGUUGCUAAUGUGACUGAUAUCGAUUAGUUAAGGGGAAAAUUGUCUCCAAAAAUGUUUGAUGACUCAGACUCCAUUGUGAAGAAGAUUAAGACUAAUGUAGAGGAUAAAAAUGGAAGUGCAUAUUUGGUUAAGAGAAUCUCUUCAAUUUAAAGUACUGGAAUCAACUAGGAUAUAUUAAAUGAUAUGUUUUGA